GGUUUGAGCGUUUCAGAAACGGCUCAUCUUCACACACAACCGUCAUUAGCGUCUAUACAGAAUGGUAAACUUUACACCGUGUUAUACACAACACAUGGACAACGCCAUUCAGUCCUGUUUGGGAUCACGGUUAUCUUUCUGUGAUGUUACACAGAGAUCUCUCUUUCAGGUUUUCUCGACCACAGCAAAUCCUCAAUCGGCACCACUCAGUCCUAUUCGGGACCACAGAGAAUCGAGAGAUGGACAGCAGCCGGGCGGAUAUUCUGUUAGAUCUUGUACAUCAGGAGGAGCUGAUUCGUUUUUUUCGCUGUAAGAAGACAGAGAUCUCCUAUGGCGUAGACGAACCGCUCCUUUUCCUCAACCAGCUCCGAGACCAUGGUCUGGUACCUGAUGAUCUCUACCAGAAGAUCAUAAAGAUGAAAAGUAAGGAGAGAAAGCAGAAUGGUGUGUAUAAGGUUUUGGAAUGGCUGGAACAGGAGCGAGAGGAGUGUAUGAAGAAGUUUUGGAGAUGUGUGUUUCAGGAGCACAUCCUGCAGAAAUAUCCUUUUCUGCGCUCACUCCAAACCAGCCUUCUGGAUGGAUCCUUCAGGAUUCGUGAAAAUGCAGAGAAACCGAGCCUUUCUUUCCAUACGGAAAGGAAGGGAAAGGAGGCGGAGCAAAAGAAGGGUGUAACAAAGAGAAAGAAAAACAUUGAUGAGACAGAGGAACCAAGCCCUUCUUCUGGGUCCAGCUCUGACAUUGAGAACCCCAACAUGUGUGGAGAUAAAGAAGGCACAGUGUAUCAGGACAAGCUUGCCAGAGAGUCAGUAUCUGGUGUGGCGAUGGAUGAAUCAAGUAACGACUUUGAGGAUUACAUAAGAAGAAGAAGGGAACUACUAGAAGAAGAGGAAGAGGAAGAAGAGAGCAAGCCAGUGGAUCUGUCGCAGUUUGAGCCUGCUCUUUUACCGGUCAGCUGCGGUUCUGUCACUGGGGGUUUAUAUAAAAGCAGAUUUGCAGGUAGGUGGUAAUCAGAGCUAAGCCUAAUGGUCUGAGUGAGCUUGCAGUGUGGAUUUAGGACAUUAUGGCAAUGCACAGUAUAACUGCAAUAGGUGCACGGUAUGACUACAAUGACAUGGAACACAUAAUACGACUGCAGUAUGUGCUCAGUAUCACAGCAUGUGCCAUAAAAUGCAAGUAAUUCUGCACAGUAAAACAGUGCAUGACCGGA